CUGAGGCAGAGCGAGGCCAAGAGCUCGCGCUGGCUCCCAGGGCCAGGCCUCCUUGGCGGCCGCCAGGUAGGUCACCGCGCUGGUUGGGGCGCCGAGCACGGGACCGGCCGGCCUCAGCCGCGUCCAAGCCCGGGCGGGCCGCCAGGUGAGCGCUCCCGGGCGCUCCAAACGCGUCGCUGGCGGCAGUGCGUCCACCAGGCCAAGUACGGGUCAUGGAGCCGCGCGCGGGGGACGCCACGGACCCUAAGGGGAGCAGACGAGCAAGCAGCGCGCCGGCCUGGGACGAGGGGAAGAUGGCGGACGCCAAAGAUGGUGUUUUGCGGCCUGCGGGAGCCUUCAGUGCCCCAAUUUCAUUCAGCUUCAAUCGCACGUCCGCCCGGAGACGGCUGGCGGGAGACGCGGCUCCGGAGAAGGAUUUCUUGAAGACCGAGAAAGGGAGGGAGCUGCAGAGUGUGCAGCCCUCAGAAGCCCCCAAGGAACUUGUCAUCCCGUUGAUCCAGAAUGGCCAUCUCAGGCAGCCACCGACCCAGGCCCCUGGGCCAUCCACACAUACUGAGGUCUUGGUGGAUGGGAUGCUGUCCCAGGCUGUGAAGGAGCUCAUUGAGGAAUCCACGAAGUCUCUGGAGGAGAGAGAGAAUGCGGGUGUCGACCCCACGCUCGCUAUCCCCAUGAUCCAGAAAGGAUGCACCCCCAACGGGGAAGGGGCAGACAGCGAACCCCGGGCUGAGACAGUGCCGGAGGAGGCUGAUUAUGAGGCAGUCCCUGUAGAGGCCUAUGGGCUGGCCAUGCUGCGGGGCAUGGGCUGGAAACCUGGCGAGGGCAUCGGCCGUACCUUCAAUCAAGUGGUGAAGCCCCGUGUCAACUCACUGAGGCCCAGGGGGUUAGGGCUAGGCGCCAACCUGACUGAGGUCCAGGCCCUGGCCCCCACCGGCCCCCACCACCUGCUGAGGCCAGAUGAGGAGCCAGAGAAGGAUAAGGAAGACCAGCCUCAAGGACUGGCGCCUGGAGGAGCUGUGGCGGUCCUUUCUGGCCCUCACCGAGGCCUCUAUGGGAAGGUGGAAGGCCUCGAUCCUGACAAUGCUCGGGCCAUGGUCCGUCUGGCUGUGGGGAGCCGCAUGGUGACAGUUAGUGAGUACUGCCUGCGGCCUGUCUCCCAGCAGGAGUUUGACAAGAACUCCUUGGAUCCGAGCCAGGUGAGCAAAGCUUCCCCAAGGCAACAGAACGGAACAACCUCGUCAUGGAAGGCCCUUCAGGAUCAGGACCUCCACGUCCGGCAGGAGGACUCAGCGAGGAAGCGGAAACACCAUCCAGACCGGUGGGACCCUGAGCAUCUCAGAUGGGGACAGGAUGCGCCUGCAGCCAAGAGUGAGAAAGCAGCUCCCAGGAGUCAGCACUGGCUGCACAGGGACCUGCGUGUGCGGUUUGUGGACAAGCUGCACAAGGGUGGCCAGUAUUACAACACCAAGAUGACAAUCGAAGAUGUCCUGAGCCCAGAUACCUGUGUGUGUCGGACAGAUGAAGGCCAGGUCCUGGAAGGCCUGAGGGAAGACAUGCUGGAGACCCUGGUCCCCAAGGUCCAGGGCAACCGGGUGAUGGUGGUGCUGGGGCCAUGGGCUGGAAGGGUGGGCCGCCUGCUGGACUGGGACAGAGAGCAGAGCCGGGCUCUUGUGCAGCUGCAGAGAGAGAAUCGGGUGGUGGAGCUUCACUAUGAUGCCAUCUGCCAGUACGUGGGCCCCAGCGACUCGGAGGACUGACCUGUGGACACACUCCCAUCCCCCAGGUUGUUACCAAUCCCGUACAGUGUGAAAAGCCUGCCUUCACGAAGGUGGGGGGGUCAUGGUUCCGCCCUCCACUUGCAGUGCAGCCCUGGGACAGGAUGGACCAGAAGGGAGGCUAGAAACAAACCCAGUGUUUACCAGAAGUUAGUAUAUAAUAAAAACCAGUUCAAAUGCUUUGUAA